UCCUAAACCCUAUUUUACUUAUGCAUACCUUUUUAUAUUCUUCUUUCUUCUCAGUUGUUGGUAUUAAUUUUGUGCUUUUCUUAGUUUUUGUUGUUUCGUUCUCGAGUUCCUAAUUUCUGUUUGUUCCAGUAUUUUUUUUUUUAAGUAUUCAGUGUAGGAAUGUGGUGUUGAGAUUUUUGAUAUCUGGAAUAUGAUUAAGAUACUAAGCAAUGGAAAAAAUAGAAGUUGUUUAGGUGAUAUUUUAUUUUAGUGGAAGCUGGAAAGGUAGAUUAUGUGGAGAAAAAAUAGGAAGAUUGAAUGAGUUUUUUUUUUUUCUUGCAAUACGUUAUCCAUUCCAUCUCUUUUGACAUUAUCUGAAUGAGCAUGGAUUGUAGAACGUUUAACUUUGACUCGUCAAAUAUGUGAGUGGCAGAUAAAAAUACCCAAGUGAUUGUUAAGAAAUUAGUUUGAGAGAAAAACAAUGUAUCCAAGUUUAAUUUAUCAGGGAUGUAAAAUUUUGAAACUUGUGAUAAUUGUAUAGAAUAAUGACCAAUCUGCCCUAAAUUGUGUGAUACUCCUACUUUGGAUGUUCUAAAAUGUUACACUCUUCCAAUUUUGGUAUUUUUCUUCUAUAAGUUUCACUAAUUUCAAGAAUCUAAUUCCUUUUAAUAUUCAAAUUUUAAAUUUGUUGAUUUUUCUAUCUCAGACUCUCUUCAAAAACCUUGAUUUUUGCCCAAUUAUUGCAAAUGUUAUGUACAAGUAAAUUUAACUCAUUUAACUCUAAGAAAUUAGAAGAAGAAGAAAAAGAAGAAGCGGUUUGGGAAUUGAAUUCGUCAAUUAUUUUCUCAUGUUGAUGGAAUUGAAUAGUUGUUAUGAAUAAUGUAAAUAAGGAAAGAAACUAAUAAAAUAUUAUAUGAUCUGUUUAACCGCAAAGUGAAGGGAUUAGAGAAUAUCCUCAUAUCUACACUAUCUAAUUAUACCACCUUUAAAACUUCGCCGAUGUUAAAAAAAAAUUAUACCAUCUUUAAAUAUUCUCAUAUCUACUUUAUUCAAUUAUACCAUAAUUAUCAGUCCUCCUCAAGUUGGAACAUGUAAGUCAUAUGCUCCUAGUAUGCCACAAAUAAAGUUAAUUCUAGAUCCUCAAAGUGAUUUUGUGAAAAUAUCUGCUAGUUAGUCCUUUGAGUUGACAAAAUUUGUGGUGAUGUAUCAGACUCGAUCUUUUAUCGAAUGAAGUGACAAUCUAUCUCAUCGUGCUUCGUUCUUUCAUGAAACACAACAUUAGGAGCGAUAUGUAGUGCAACUUGGUUAUCACUAAUCAAUGUCAUUGGUUUAACUCCUUCCAUCUUCAGUUCUUGGAGAAGUCUCAACCACAUAAGCUCAAUACUCUUUUUGCGCUUAAUCUAGCUACAACAACUUUACUUUUUACUUUUCCAAGAUAUUAGAUUGCCUCCAAUUAGAACACAAUAACCUGAAGUGGACUACUUGUCAGAAGGAGAUCCCACCCAAUCUGCGUUAGAAUAUCCAAUUAUGUUGGUGUUCCCUUGUCUUCAUACAAUAAACCUUAUCCCGGAGAGCUUUUGAUAUAUCACUGAAUGCGAAUCACUACAUUCUAGUGACCAUCACAAGGUGAUUGCAAAACUGGUUUACUACACUUAACAAAAAAUGAGAUGUUUAUUCGCAUGAUCAUGAGAUAGUUAAGUUUGCCAACAAGUCUCCGAUAUCUAUUAGGAUCUUUUCAUGGCUCCCUUGUUGUGGAAUAAGCUUAGUAUUUGGAUCCAUGAGACUGCCCAGUUGUUUGCAAUACAACGUACCAUCAUCUUCGAAAUGUCUAAGGCAUAUUUUUGUGUAAUAACAAUUCCAUCGCCAUAUUGUGCCACUUCAAUGCCCAAAAGGUAUUUCAGCUUGCCUAAGUCCUUAGUCUAAAAGUGACUUGAAAGGUGUUAUUUGAAUUUAGCAAUACCUUAUGAUCAUCUCAUGUGAUAACAAUAUUAUCAAUAUAAACAAUUAAAAGAUAUGUUUGUCAUAAGAUGAAUGCCUAUAAAAAACAGAGUGAUCAACUUAUGUUCGAAUCAUUCCAAACUAUUGGUCAACUGCUAAAAAAUGACUAGACCAUUCUCUAGGAGGCAACUUGAGACCAUGUAGAUCGGCAAAGCUUACAAACUGGUCUAGGCUCCUAUUGAGCAUCAAACUUGGGUGGUUGCUCAAUAUAUAUUGCUUCUACAAUUUCUCCACGUAGGAAUGCAUUUUUUAUGUACAACUAAAAAGGGGCCAAUGAUUCAUUGUUGCCAUAGAGAUGAGAAGACAAACUUAAGCCAUCUUAGCAACUAGUAAGAAAGUAUCUCCAUAAUCAAUGCCAUAAUUUUGAGUGUAUCUCUUUGCAACCACUGUCGCUUUGAGACGAUCGAUAACUUUAUCCGAACCACCUUAACUGGGAAUAUCGGACGACAACGUAUUGUUGUUUUGCCUUUAGUUAAGUAAAAGAACAAGCUCCCAAGUACCAUUAUCAUGCAAAAUAAUCAUCUCUUCAAUCAUCUCUAACUUGGAUGAAACAUUGCUUUGGCCAUAGUCUUAGGGAACUUUGAUGCUUGAUAAGCUAGUGAUGAAGGCAUGAUAUGAAGGUAGCAGACGAUGAUAAGUUAAAUAAAGAGUGACUUUCUGAGGAAAGAGUGGAUAGUUGAGUGACUUUUGAGUUAAAAUUCAAAGUUGAGUGACUUUCUGAGAAAGAAGUGCAUAGUUGAGUGACUUUUGAGUGAAAAUUGAAAGUUGAGUGACUUUCUGAGAGAAGAGUCCAUAGUUGAGUGACCAUCUGAGGUAUUAACUCCUUAAAUAAACAUCAACAUGAGUUUUGAUUAAUAGUAGUUCUAGUACCUUUGCGAACAUCAAUGGGAAGAACAUUUGAUAAGUGCUCGACCAAAGCAGAAGACAUUGUUGGACGAGGUAAUAAGUUACCAGGAUUGCUUUGUGUAAUUGGAAUAGAGCUAUAAAUACUAACUGAAUUAGCAAGCUGAGAAAGAGGAUGAGGUCAUCACGAUAGACCUUAAGAGUUAGAGGUGGAGCUGGGGUUGGAACAAGAAGUACUGAUAUAGCCUUUUGAUUUUUCACAUUAGGAGAAAAAUGUAGAGAAGUCUCGGAAAAAGUUUUAACAUCUGUAGAGAUAAGUACUUGUUGGUCGAGAGAAGUAGUGAAGUAUUUUUCAUGAGUUAUCACUGCUUAACUUCUUAUUAGUGGAUAUACCAAAAUGAUUGUGAAUUUCAACAAAAAAAUUCUAAAAGAUAGAGAUUAACUCAGAUACAUUUUCACUAAAAAUAACCACAUGCACUGAGAGUGGUCAUCAAUAAAGACAAUAAUGAAAGCCUAAGGAAGAACUGACACGACUUGGACCCUAUAUAUUUGAAUGAACAAUUUGAAUAUAGAGGUAGCCUUAUUGUCACGCUUUGGGAAUAAGGCUUUGUGCUUCCCAAGUUGACUCGACUCACAUUCUAACAAAGAUAAAUUAGAUAAUUUGGGGACCAUAUUAUGCAAUUUUAAGAGACUCGGUUGACCCAUUUGGCGAUGGAGCAAUUCAAAAGAAGCAGUGGAAGUCAAAGCAACAUGUGAUGUUGGAAUAGAGAGCAGGAUAGAUUCUUUGCAUCUGGUGUAAUACUUCAAAUUGGGGGAAACAAUUUGGAGAACUUGACAAAAUUUACACAACUGGCAAUUCCAUAUGGCUAUGCUUGACACAGGUGUUUUUGUAUGCAAAGGUUCGGAUUUGUUUGCUUGAUACAUCAAAUAUAUUAUUUCUACAAGGAAAGUUUGUUGUUGAGGCCAUGUGCGUAACUGCUGCAAAUACAAAUGUUCCCGUGAGUGUCAAUUGAUGAUGAUGACUCGUAUAAUGAACUAUCCGAAAGAUCUGCUUCUGCCCACAUGGUUUUUCAAAGGGUAAAAAUGAGUUCUUCAGAGAUGUGACUAGACUUGAGGAGUUUAUAAAGGACCCAUGGGGUCUUAAGGCCAAACAACCUGCCACAAUUCAGGUUAAGGUGCCCAAGCUUAAUGUUGCUCCGCCCCCAGAGGCGCCUGUUGGUGAUGGGGGUGGUGGAAGCGGCGGGGAUGGUGAGGAGGCAUCUGCUAUUGCUUCAGCUCAGAUUAAGCGUGCUGCUUUGCAGAAGAAAGCUGCUGCUGCAUCUAUGGCGGCUGAGGAUUUUGCUAGACGGUUUGAGUCUGGAGAUGUGGAGGGCUCCAUGAAAGAUGUUGGUGGAGAAGAACAGGGUCUAUCGAAUGUCAAAGUGAUGUGUAGGCUAUGCUUUUCCGGUGAAAAUGAAGGAGGUGAAAGUGCAAGGAAAUUUAUGUCAUGCAAAUGUUGCGGUAAGAAGUAUCACCGAAGCUGCUUGAAAGUGUGGGGUCAACAUAGAGAUCUCUUCCAUUGGAGCUCAUGGACAUGUCCCUCAUGCCGGCUUUGUGAGGGCUGUCAAAGAACUGGAGACCCAAACAAGUUCAUGUUUUGCAAAAGGUGUGAUGCAGCUUAUCACUGUUACUGUCUGCAGCCUCCACACAAGAACAUUAGCAGUGGGCCUUAUUUAUGCCCUAAACACACAAAGUGCCACAGCUGUUGUUCUAAUGUUCCAGGAAACGGACUGAGCAAGAGGUGGUUUUUAGGAUACACUUGUUGUGAUGCCUGUGGAAGAUUAUUUGAGAAGGGAAACUACUGUCCUGUUUGUUUGAAGGUCUAUAGAGAUUCUGAAUCAACACCUAUGGUCUGCUGUGACAUGUGCCAGCGCUGGGUGCACUGCCAAUGUGAUGGCAUCAGUGAUGAAAAAUAUUUGCAGUUUCAAGUGGAUGGAAAUUUGCCGUAUGCAUGUCCAACAUGCCGUGGAAAUAGUUAUCAGGGGAGAAAUCUUGAGGAUGCUGUUCAGGAGCUUUGGAGGAGGAGAGAUGUAGCUGAUAGGGAUUUAAUUGCAAGUUUGAGGGCAGGAGCUGGGUUGCCAGUUGAAGAUGAAAUAUUUUCUAUUUCAUCCUUCUCAGAUGAUGAAGAUGGUACUCCUGUAGUAAAAAAUGAACACAGUCGAUCUUUGAAGUUUUCUCUUAAAGGUUUAGUUGGCAAAUCUCCCAAAAAGAGCAAGGAGUAUGGAAAGAAAUCUUCUUACAAGAAAUAUGGUAAAAAGAAGGGAUUAACUGGACACAAGGAAGGACAUCCGGAUGCUCCAUCUGGUGGAUAUAGUGUUGGUGAUGUCCAGAAUGAAGAACUGCAGGCUUAUGGGGAACUUGAAAGCUUUUCUUCUCCUGUUGGUAGUUUUACAAAAGGUAUAUGUUCAAUUAAUCAGGCAGGGGUCAUAAAGCACAAAUUCAUUGAUGAGGUUACUGGAGACAUGGGUAAGAGGACAGUCCAAAUGAAAGGUAUCAAGCCUCAGCAUUUGGAUGAGGAUGAUGUUGGAAUUCAAACAAGCAUGCCAAAGACCUCUAAGGGGCCAAAGUUUGUUAUACAUUUGGGCUCGCAGAAUAAAAACAUAGCAGAUUCUCCGAAGUACGAUGCUUCAAGCUGUCAGAAAGAGCAAGAAUUGGCUACUUCAAAUGGUAGUGAGGAUCUAGUUCAGCUGAGUGAGAAUGAGAACUCGGAAAGGAAUGACACUGCAGAUAAACUCGGUGGUGGAAAAGGACAUAAGGUGAAUCAUAUGGACCAAAUAAAGGGUCAAAAUCAUAGGGGUAAAGAAAGCAACUUAUUGAAGAUCAAGAAAGUUAGCUCCAAAGGUACUAAUUUCCCUGCCAAAGUUGGUGGAAAAUUUGCCGUUGGAUCUGGACCUUAUCCUCCGCUCAAGACUUUUGGUAUCUUAGGUAAAGGAAGCAAUGACGGUAGUAUUAUUAUAAGGGCUGGAAUUGAAGCUCCUGCUACAAGGGACAAUAAGUUGGCUUCUGUAAAACAUGCCGAAGCUGGGCCCGCUUCUUGUGAUGACCUAAAUGACUUGAAAAAUAGCACACCUUCAGUAUCAAAUUCAGCGAGAAAGGAUCCAAAACCUCUCCUAAAGCUCAAGUACAAGAAUCCUUGCCAUGAAAGUCAAAAUGCAUGGGCUUCUCCAGGAGAGGAGGAUAAAAGCGUGGUUAAGGGCCAGAGGUCUAAAAGAAAGAGAGCAUCAGCCUUUGGAGAAAAAUCAUCAACCAGGGCUGAUGAUAAUUUAUCACAGCAGUAUGAAGACAAUACAAUGGAUGAGUUUUUGGAUGCUAACUGGAUACUGCAGAAGUUGGGAAAAGAUGCAAAAGGAAAGAGAGUGGAAAUUCAUCAUUCGUCUGAUAAUACCUGGCAUAUAGGAACAGUUGCAGAAGUUUUUGAAGGCUCACCUGUUGUGUCUGUUGCUUUUGAUGAUGGGAAGAAGAUGAACGUGGAACUUGGAAAGCAAGGAAUACGUUUUGUACCUCAAAAGCAAAAACGUUGACUGCUAAAUUGGUUAUUAGCUGCUGCGUAUGUUGCAACUUUGAAUGCCAAGAGCAUGAGCAACUGCUGAUUCCCAUAGUUCUCUAUGGUGGGCUCAAAGGAACUACUGAUCGUUGCAGAUCAAAAUUUCAAGGUUACUGCACAUUGCAUAGUGUGUUUGCUGCAAGUUUGCUUUCAUUUUUACCAGACUUACAUAUAAGACGUUGGUUGGUUCUGUUUUAUUGUUACCUUUCGUUGCGUGGUGUACAAAUUCUCUUUUCUGGUCAGAGGUUGAACAUUGUUUUUGAGCCAUUUUGUGGUACUUUAGAUUAAUCUUGCUGGAUUUGCAGUUUUAAUGUGAAUUUUCUAGAGAUUAGAAAGCUCUGCUCCUACUGGUUGUAACUCAUGAUGGUAGAUGACAUUAUCAUACUAUAAUUAGUACUGUUAUUUUUGUGUGUUUGUUUUA